UUCUUUUCGUGUUGGAGGGUUUUCGGGAACCAGAUUUUCUUCGGCUGCUUGCUUUGCUUGGGUUUCGUUUGAUUUUUUCUCUCACAAGAAUUUUUUGGUUUAUCGUUGGUUAUGUUAUCCUCUCACAUCUUCUUCUUUUUUUUCUUCAACUUGGCCUCCCCUUUUUUUUUCGGAUUUUCGUGAUGAACUGUAGUAACUAUUUCUGUGAUUUUAUGAUCUAUAGUUGUAGGUGAUUUGAUUCUUGGUGUUUUUGUUUAUAAUUCUUUGACGGACUUUGCUCAAGUCUUCCCUUUUGUGAAAGCAAACUAGUAAAUCUGGUCUAUCUUCUUUCAAUGCCGGAAUUUUCUAGUCGCAGUUGCUACUGUUCUCAAUCAAAUCAAAUUUUGCGAUUUUGAAUCCUGCCUAGAAAAUCUUUCUCCUAACCUAGAAAAUAUUUCUCACCGGUGACUCCGAUUUUGAGCUCUACUUAUCUACACGACAGUGUGUAAAAAGCCCCAAAUUUUCUGAAAUCUUUUGAGAUUCAUCUCAAGUUUUACAAAUUUCGCUUUCUUGAUAUUGUUUUUUGGAGUGCGUAAGCGCUUAGUUGUCUUCCAUCCAGAAAGCUUGACGAAAUUUGUGUACUUUGUCUUGGGUUACCCACAUAAAAUGACGAUUGAUUAGGGUCUUAUCAUUACUUAAUCUCCCAAAAUUGGCCCUUUUUCUUUCUCAAUCAAGCUCUUCCAAACCGCUUCAAGUUCAAGUGAGGCGUUUAUAUAUGUUUGAGAUCACUCAUUCCGACCACAUAAAAUGACGUCGCAAAGAGGGGUCUAGAAUCUACUGUUCCUGGCUGAUGGAUUAAUUGUAAAAAGUGAGAUCUUUACUCUCUAGGUGAGGUGGGGUUGUUUAAUUCUGCGGUGGUGGUGGGGUAGCGGAGGCGCGGCCUACUGGUUGUUACAUUCGGCGUUUUGGGGGCUGAGUGAGAGAGAGGAAGUUCUUGUGACUGUUUGGCAAAACAGCACAAGAAGGAAGACAAGGAUAGCAGCAGAUGUUAUCCACUGCAAACCCUCCUCCAGAUCUCUGUGAAAUCUCGCAACUGAAAAGUGGUGAUGGUGGCAGUGAUGAGAGGGAUUCUGAUACUAAUCAGCAGCAGCUUGGGGUAGAUCUGUUCAAGUCAGGCCUUGAUUACAACAACCCACUUCCCAACUUCUCCAUAAGGGAUUAUGUAUUCAAUACAAGGGGCAAAGAUAUCAAGAAUAACUGGCCAUUUUCUCAGAAGAAUUUGCAGCUUUGUUUGAAGCAUGGAGUGAAGGAUGUAUUGCCUCCUUUCCAGUCUCUGGGUUGUGUGAGAAACCCAUCUAUAGAGGAACAACCUGUAGUUGAUAGUCUAAGGUAUUCUGAUGUGAGAUAUCCUGAGUUGAGCGACCGUGGUGCUCGCAAAAGGUCAGCUGUGAACGUUGAGAACAUCAACUCGAGUGAUUGUGAAGAGGAUAAAGAAUUCCCAUCAACCACAACGAGCCAAUCGUGUUCUGAUAUAAAUUCUGUUCCCCCAACUAAAAAUAGUUGCUCGGAACCAGAAGCUCAAUAUCUGCCAGUAUCUCGGAGUGAAAAGCCCGGGUUUGCAAUUCGGGAGUCCAAGAAGGCUGAAAGUAAUAUUCAAAGCCCAGUUAAGAAGUGCAGAUUGGUUGUGAAGUUAAACAAUAUUGCUGAACUGAGAUCAAACGAAGAUUCGGCUGUGAUUUCAGAAACAAUGGCUUCGAAAGUGUGCCCCGUGUGCAAGACAUUCUCAUCAUCUUCUAACACCACUUUGAAUGCCCACAUAGAUCAAUGCCUUUCUGGCGAGUCCACGGUCAAAUGGACAACAAAUACCAAAGUGAUAAAGCAUAGAAUAAAGCCAAGGAAAACAAGAUUGAUGGUGGACAUAUAUGAAACAGCCCUAUGCUGUACAUUGGAGGAUCUUGAUAAAAGAAAUGGAACAAACUGGGCUUCAAAUAUGGGACUUCACCCUCAGGAUCUGGAGGCAUCUGCGGAGGAGGAGGAGGAGGAGGAGAAGAAGAAGAAGAAGAAAACAUAUUCUCCAGUCGAUUUUGAGGACAUCAGUCAGGAAGGUGCUGUAUAUAUCGACUCAAGUGGCACUAAACUUCGAAUUUUAUCAAAGCUCAACCAUCCACCUUCAAAGCCAAAUGUUAAUGAUUAUGGAGCAUGCAAGUUUGUCAAAAGUGAUAGAGGAAUCAAAUUGCUUUCAAGUAAGAAGAAGAAGAAGCAUACUGUCCAGAGACAUGAGGUUCAGAAGAAUUCUCUUGAUGGCCAAGGAAGUUGCUCUCCCGUUCCCGAUCAACUUCCCUACUGUCCUCCACAUGGUCUGAAAACUUGCUACCCCAGGGUUGAGGUUAGUGAUGAUGAACAGAAUGUAUAUCCUCCUGAAGGUCACGACGGGGAUGAUCCUACAAAGUCCCCCACAGCCUCUGAUCAUAUGAGGUCAGAUGAUUUUGGAAUGAUUAAACAGUGGGUAGGGUCCAAGCGUACUGGUCUGAAAAAGAAGAUCAAUCAUGAGCUUGAAAAUCAGCAUCCAGAUAAAAGUUUGAAGAACUUGCGAAUAAAAAGUGUUUCCUCACUUCGUCAUAGAGGAAAUAGUGUCCCAAUAUCCCCAAUUUCAUCCGAUGAAAAUCCUGUGUUACCUCCUGAAGGCCUCAAAAGAAAGGAGAACCUAUGCAGAUCUCUUGAUGGAUGGACAGAAUUGCCUUCUUUAAGAAAGGGACCCGGUUCUUCCUUGUUGAAAUAUGGACACACAACUGCAAGGAAUAAUCAUUUGAUGUCCUCCAAAUUUAAUGUUAAGCAGUCGAGAAAAGACAGCACAUCAGUUCACAAGCACCAUGUGGAUUCUCGUGCAGAAGAUCAUGCUCCUUCUCGCAGUAAUAAGAGAAUUGGGAUAAGCACCAGUCCGACUGUGAAAAAUGAUGGCUCUUUUAUUGGCUCCAGCACCUCCCACAAUCGUACCUUUUCUUCCGAUUGCAAGAUAGCUACACCUCAAAGAAAAAUGUCUUUGGGCCAUGCAGUGUCAUCUGGAGGUAGGAAAUUUUCGUCUUUGAGGACAAAGUUGUUGUCCGUCAGGCAUGCAUCUGGUGCAGAACCAAAGAAGAAUUUGGGGAGAGAUCUUUCAAGUUUCAAGAACCCUAGGCUGCAUUCCACAUCAUUAUCAGAUGAUGAGGCAGUAGUCUCACAACCUACACUUGAUGCAGAAGAUAAUUUGGGAGAGACUGCAACUCUAAUGGAAAAGAACUGUGGCGAGCCGUUGACCAAUAGAACUAGGGUUUUAAAACUUCGUAAGAGGAUGGGGGGAUUUGCCAACACAGGUGAAGGAGACAUGAUGUCUAAGGGCUCAGAGUCAUCACCCGAGUCUGAUAGUCAUAAUGUUGGGAACAACAUCGAUUCUUUUAUUGGUGGCAGUGUUCCAGUUGAUACAUCCAGUGUCUUAGAAGAAGAGGCUGAAAUUAUGGAUGAUUUUGUUUGUGAGCCAGUUGAAACUGAUGGAGAAGCUUUUGUUUCCUUUAGCAAAUCGUUGGAUUCUGCAUUCCCUGGACUUUCUGGUUCUAACGUUGAAUGUGUUUCACAAUAUUAUAGCAAAGCAUAUGAUGAAACUGAGCUAGUGUUCCAUGCUGACCAAGAGAUGUUUUGUGCAGACAAGAAUUUGGUCACUCCUGAUAGUCAUGAAAUGGCAGAAAUGGAUGGUGAUGAAGCACAAGGAAACUACUUUGUUGAUGUAGAUCCUAUUCCCAUACCGGGACCACCGGGGUCCUUUUUGCCAAGUCCCGGGCGUAUGGGCUCAGAAGAACUAUUGGGACAUUCAUCAUUAACCACCUGCAGGAUACAAUCUUCUGACGAUGGGCACGAAGUUGUUGAUAUGGAUUCAUCAGAUUCUCCCAUUUCUGCAAUGUCGACAGUGUCGAAUUCUAUUGCUGGAAGAUCUAGUUCGAUAUCCACCACUAACUUGUCUGCACAGUCACAAUUUCAACACGAAACUCAACAUGACAACACAGAAGGGAGGGGCAAUCCUGUAGUCGAAGGUUCUCCUUCCUUUGAGCGGAUUGCGAGUGGAGAAAAAGAUCCUAACCUUGUUAAGUCGAAGGCCAACUUGAUGUUACCUGAAGUGAGUCGCGAAGUCCAGAAUAUCCAGCCAUGUUGUUGUUCUAGGAAGGAUGUAUCACUGCAAGGUGGUUCUAUGAGUUAUCAAGAGUCACAAAUUUUAAGGCGACGAACUAUGACUCCUCUCUCGGUUCUUGCCAAGGAAAAGCAGAUAGAUGAUGACGCGAAGAAUGAAAUCCGUUGCAUCAACUUAAGAGCAGACACACUCUCCGAGAAGGAGCCAACUCCUCCUGUAACCGGGAAUUCACCUAUAGGUUACGCUCCCAUGCCUGUUCCUCAUAAUCCCGAUGCAAUGUUCCGAGCUUGUGGCGGUUGUGAGUUUCCGAGUCCUUCUACUUCAAAUCCUGUCUUGAGACUAAUGGGGAAGAAUUUAAUGGUGGUGAAUAAAGACGAUGAUCUGCCUAGCCAGUCGAGUAUGAUGAUAGAGCAUCCUGGUGUGAGGUUAUGUGUUGAAAAUGGUCUCUCUACCAGAAAUAACCUGAAUGAGCCCAACUCCUUUCACCGUAUGUUAUCUCGAGGCCCUUCUUCCAUGUUGGACAUGCAAGCCCGCGCACCUGCACACCAGUUUGAUUUCAAUUCAUCUGAUCCCUUCAAGAUUCCUACCAAUUAUAGGCCAUCGCAGCUGUCUUGCCAUCCAUCAACAGUCAUGUUUCCAAGUAUGAGCUUUGGUGAUAAUGCCACUUGUGCUUCGGGAUGUAAUGAAUAUGGGCAUGGGUUCAGUUUGAUGAGACCAGAUGCCCGGACAAUGUAUGAUACUGAGAGAGUUGGUGCUCACAAGGCAGAUUCUUGUGGUGGCAAACGCAAGGAGAUAAUCAUCAUCGAUGACUCACCAGAAAGUGAAGCUGUGACAAACAUGGAGUCGAGGCAUGUGAACCCUUUCUAUGGCUACCAGAUGCGGGUGCAUCAUCAUCCCUUUAAUGGAUCUGCAAUGGUUCCACCUUCCAGGGGAAUGAAUGGGAAUUUAGGCAAACGGAAUUGCACUCCAGAAGGCUCUAAUGUAAGGCAUUCAAAUUCUUCAGCUGCUUCGUUGCCAUCAUCGGCUCACCUGAGGUCCUUGUAUUACUCUCCUGGCUUUUCAUGACGAACUGCACUGCACUGCACUUCACUCAUCAUUUUGCAUCAAAGUAUGUAUCAUGCAACCUUGAUGGCUUGAGUUAUUUCAUAUUUAGUGACAAGAUAUAGAGUCUGAUGAAGGAUGAGUUUAGAAUCACUCCAGUAGUCCUUCUAUACUGUAUACAAAGCACCAGAAAAGUGUUGCUUCUCUUAGGUUGAAAGCACUUUUUUGGGGGCUUCUUCUCUUAGGUGACUCAAACCCCUCCUCGAGGCUGAUAUGUAAAAGGAAUGGAUCUCUUUGAAUAAUGAGUUACUCUAAGAUAACUCUCUUCUUUUUUGGCCAUCAAA